AUGCUCACCUUCAAGGACACGCUCGCGGAUGGUCUUGAUCCUGAGACGCCGGCAUUGAAGGAAUGCAGUGAUUUGGCCCUGUGCGAUGUUAGUCUUCCCAUGAACCAGCGAGAAGAUCUUCCUACCGAUGAGUCGUUGCCCACGGCACCUCCGUCAGCAAUAUUGAACGCCAUGAUUGAGCCGUAUUUUGCUACGGUCAAUCCUCACUUUCCCAUUUGGACAAAACAACAGAUUGAGGAAAUGGCAGCCAGCUUGGAACAAUCUACAUCCCCCGAACGUGACGCGGCAACCAUGAUUUGCUGUAACAACCUGAUUCUCAUGACGCUGACUGCGAAUUCGCUACGCUCUCGAUGGGGAAAACCCUUGCAAACUAAGCAUAGACGCAGGCAUUUGUCCAUCGACUCCGACAUCACCGCAGGUUUCCUCAUGAACGCGAAGCGAGCCAUCAAACACGUUGAGCUACUGCUCUCGCCUUGCCUUGUCAACGUCCAGGCGCUUUUGUCCUUGUGCAUAGUGGCACAAGAGCAUCUCUCCUUAUAUCUCGUCGAGGCGAUAUUUUCUCUGGCUGCGCAAUGCGCAAAGUCCACGGGUAUUCAUCAAUGGGAGUACUUUCGUGGUCAUUUCAGUGAACAAGCAGCCCAGGAGAGACGAAGCGUCUCCUACUGCUUAUACAUUCUCGAUAAGACGGUUUGCUGGACAACUGGCACAUCUCCUAGCAUACCAGCGUCCGAUUUACUCUUGGACUAUACGUUGGCGCCAGAUGAUGGCGGUACGAUGGCCUAUCUGUUUGCAAGAACAGAGUUGGCUGUCAUUGAGGAGAUGAUUUACUUGAGAGUGUACUCCAAUCAGGUCGAGGUGCGAACUGACGACCAAGUUUGCCAGAUCGCGGCCAAGAUUUCCCAGAGACUUCAAGACUGGCUGGUUAGCUGGCGCAUCCACUUGAAUGAGGUGGAAAGUCAUCAGAAACAAGCCGUCUGGAAAGCCAAGCUGGCGGCCGACUUUCUCUGUGUGCAGUUGCUGCUCCUCUGGCCCUACAAGAACCAUCCAGACGCACUAUUCCAGCAGCAGACACACAUCGCCAGGCGAUGCAUGAGGCUUGUUCUGCACCUCUGGCAGUCUACCCAAGAAGGAGGGCUUCAUGUAGCCAUCGCACGCCUUGUUGCGUCCCAUCCGCCGCUAUAUCUUCAUGCUAUCUAUAUGCAAGGUGCAAGGGGCAGGGGGCAAGAAUUUGACCAAGAUUUGCUGCGGGAUUACACCGAAAUGCUUGAAGUCAUAGCCGACUCCCAGGGAGAAAGCUGCUACAACAGACGCCUGUGCCAGAUUUCGCGUUUUCUGAUGCGUGUAAAAACUACUCAAAAUACGCCAAAUAAGCGGCAGAAGCUCAACCCGCGUGCAACAAGCGCAACGUCGAUUCCCUCCCCUCAGUCUGGGAGCAGUCUCUCGAAUGGCUCGCCAAUACAAGUACAUUCUCCCAGUCGAACGCCUCGAGUCAUGGCGCUUGAGCGGCACAAUCCGGAAGGUGGCAUUUCAGCUGGGGGCUUGGACGACUCACUCAACCUCUUGAGUCCCUCAGAACAAAGCAACAUAGGACAAUCUCAACUUCUGGCCGACGAGCUGGAGACUGCCACUAGUUAUGCAAGUGAUUUCUUGGGACAAUACAAUGUCGUAGACUUCGAUUCAAGUGCGGCAGAUGAGGAGUUUGGCGUCUGCGACAACUUGUGGUUGCAACAAGGGGGGUUGGGUCAGCCGUCAACAUCACCUCCAGCGCGGUAUGCAGUCGGAGCCGACUGGGGUAUGACGGAGUUUCCCCGAUUCCAAAGAUGA